GGCGACAAAAAAGGCGAUAAAGGCGAUUAGAGGUUACGACCGAGAACGGCAUGAGUACGGUGGAUCCGCCGGGGUUACCUCCAUCUCCGCGGAGUGGGGGUCGAUCUCAGGAGGGUACGCAAGGUUCUGAUCAAGGGGCACGACACAAUCUAACCAUUUUGGAUCCAGAUCAAAUCACUGAUUUGGAUUCACGGAGUCUUAUGAUGGAUGGAUCGAAGGUUGCGUCACCAAGGAGGAUAGAUCUGGAAAGGAAGGAUAAGGGACCGAUUCAAGACACGAUUUCUGGAGGAUCUAAAGGAUCAUGGGUUGGAGCGGUUCAAGGGAAAAAAGUUCUGAAGAAAUACGGCGUUGAGGUAACGAUGAAGGAUGGAAUUGGUUCGGUAACGGUCCCGGAGGAGAUCACGAAGGAUGUUGCACCACUUUGGGAUGACUUCCUUAUUGGAAAAUUCCUGGACACCGCUCCGCACAUUGCUAAGGUCCAUGCGAUAGUCAAUAAGGUCUGGAAUCUUAAUGACAAAACCCAUAGGAUUGAUGUGUAUGAGGUUAAUGAAACCUCAAUGAAGUUUAAGAUUCCAAAUCAAGCUGAUCGGAACAGAAUACUGAGAAGAGGGAUGUGAAACCUAGCUGGGAUUCCUGUGGUUCUGACGAAAUGGUCACCGGUGACAGAGAAGGAGAAGC